AUGAGUUACCUGACUGCCCCACGCUCGAGACCAGGGCACUCGGCAACAUCGCCCUCCCCGCUCCGCCAGACAUCGACCGCCUCCAAUGGCUCCUCCAACCACUCCGGCCAGUAUCCCCCGAGCCGAUCAAGUACGCAGUCGAGCAAUGCCUCCAGCGGCUUCGGCUCGCUGUCGCACCGGCGCGGGCUGAGCGAGGCGACUGCCCUCUCGCGCCCGCGCACAGAGGACUACUUCGGCUCCGGCGAGACAGACCCUUCAGACACGUUUAUGAGCAUGCGGAAAGCGCUGCGACCGCUGCAGCAGGCACCUUCGAACCCGCCCUCGCCCGAGAAGCAGAGCCCGUCGUCACCUGACAAGUACAUGCGACCGACGACGCCCGUCUAUCCGCCAUCGCCCGAAAAGCUCCUACGCCCCGCAACAUUCUCGAAUCCGCCAUCGCCAGAGAAGCUCCUGCGUCCCGCGAGUGCUAGCCCGACCCGAAGCUCCAGCCACCUGCGAUCACAUAGUGUCGAAAACCUCUACGCCCCGUACGAUGGCUCCACCUCGCCGACAGCCAAACCGCGCCCGCUAUCGCUAGCAGUAUCGCGAAACGACUCCGUACGCGCGCCCACCCGCGACCACUCGUCCCGACCGCUGUCAACUCACCUGGAACGACCGGAACUUAAGAGCUUCCAGAAGUCAUCCACGGGACAUCUACGAACCCUAUCCAAGUUCGCCGAGGCUGGAAGCGAUGAGGACUUCGCCAUCAAGUCCCCGGAGCAGCAGGUCGUGGGUCUCAACGGACGGAGAAGGUUGCAACGGUUAGAAACACCACAAAAGACGGCGUCUACGUGGUCAAGUCGGAAUUGGAUGGACCAACAGCGCCAGUUCUUGCAGGCCUACGAAUACCUCUGUCAUAUUGGAGAAGCCAAGGAGUGGAUGGAAGACAUCAUCGAGACGGACCUCCCGCCUGUUGUUGAACUGGAGGAGGCACUGCGAAACGGCAUAACACUAGCAGAGAUUGUUCAGUCAAUCAAAGGACAACCGCUGCGCAUAUUCCGCGACCCGAAGCUACAGUACCGACACUCUAACAACUACGCGCACUUCUUCAAGUUCCUGUCCGAAGUCGAACUCCCCGAUCUCUUCCGCUUCGAACUGGUCGAUCUCUACGAGAAGAAGAAUGUGCCCAAGGUCAUCUACUGCAUUCACGCGCUCUCAUGGCUUCUGUUCCGAAAAGGCAUUGUUGACUUCCGAAUUGGCAAUCUAGUCGGUAAACUCCAGUUCGAGGACCACGAGUUGGAGGCUACACAAAAAGGUCUGGACAAGUCUGGUGUUAGUAUGCCCAACUUCUCAGGCAUGCAAGCCAACUUCCAAGUCGAGCCGGAACCGGAGCCGGAGCCAGAACCAGUGGAAUCUGAGGAAGACCGUAUUGACCGCGAGCUUGGAGAGAACGAGGACAUCAUCCUCGAUCUUCAGGCUCAGAUGCGCGGUGCUCUCGUCCGAAUUCGCCUCGGAAUGGUGAUGCAGGAGCUCUGGGACCAUGAGCACCUCAUCGUAGACUUGCAGGCACGCAUCCGUGGCGACUGGGCUCGACAAAUCUCAACCUACCGCAUGGACAUGCGCCGUUUCGCAGUUACUCUGCAAGGUGCAGCGAGAGGCUUCCUGGUCCGGUCGAGGCUCCAGGGUGAAGAACAGUUCUGGCAUGCCAAUGAGGCCCAGGUGUUGAAGGUGCAGAACCUGUUCCGUGGGCGCAAGGCCAGAGCGCAAGUCCAGUACACCAAAUCGAAGAUCGAGCGACACGAACACGGCAUACGACAAUUCCAAGCAGCCAUCCGAGGAGCGCUAGAACGACUACGCGUGUCCGACCGAUACGAACAAACCCGCGAUACCGAACCCGCCGUUAUGCAUGUGCAGGCUAUGAUUCGCGGCGCUCUUCUACGUCAGCAAGUCGAUCGGGAAUGGGCUGAGCUACAACAGAACGAACCUGAGGUCGCGCAACUCCAAGCCGUCUCAAGAGCAAUGCGCGUCCGCCAGUCACUGCGUGCCGAUCAGGAAGGUCUUCGUCAACACGAAUCUAUGAUUACAAUGUUGCAGUCAACUGCCCGAGGUCUCCUUGCUAGGAAGAAGGACGCCGCAAUGCAGAAGAAGCUGGUAAGCACGAAUGUUAAUUGGUCUGGUCUUCAGUCCCAAGUUCGCGCCAAUGUCUUGAGAAACUCUGUCAGGCAGAUCCAUGAGGCGCUUCAAGCCGAAGUACCUCAGAUCACCGAUUUACAAGCUGUCGCAAGGGGUGGCACCAUGCGUGCAGAGGUCACUGAGAUCCUUACGCUCUUGCACGAACAAGAAGACAACGUUCUUUCGCUUCAGUCACACAUUCGCGGUUUCCUUUCGCGGCAGAGGCACUUUUCUGAUCUCAAGGCACUUCAGGCGCAAGAGCCCACCAUUCUAGACCUCCAAUCAGCUUGCCGAGGCUUCAUGCAACGUCAACGGACGUACGAGACUCUUUGCGAGCUCAACGCGCAAGAGCCAGAAACCGUCGAUCUUCAAGCCGUGGCACGUGGUAUGCUGCUCAGGAUGCAAAUCGGUAUGCAACUCGGUCAAGUGGAAGAGCACGAAGAGGCGAUUGUCGAGCUACAGACUCUGGCGCGCGGGUUAAUGAUCCGUCAGAAGUUCGCAGAGAAGCAGCAGUUCUACAAGGAGAACAUGGAGAAGGUCAUCAAGGUGCAGAGCUUUAUCCGUGGUCGUCAACAGGGUGAAGCCUACAAGAGCUUGACUAGUGGCACAAACCCUCCAGUGUCGACUGUCAAGAACUUUGUGCAUCUGCUUAACGACAACGACAUCGACUUUGAUGAGGAGAUUGAAUUCGAGCGUCUUCGCAAGACCGUAGUACAGCAUGUGCGCCAGAACGAGCUCGCCGAGCAGUACGUCGAUCAACUGGACAUUAAGAUUGCGCUGCUCGUAAAGAACAAGAUCACCCUUGAUGAGGUCGUCAAGCACCAGAAGCACUUCGGUGGCAACGUCGGCACCCUACUCAGCAGCAAGGACAUCUCGUCAAAGGACCCCUUCGAUCUCAAAGCACUCAACAAGAACUCGCGCCGGAAGCUGGAGCAGUAUCAGGAGCUUUUCUUUGUUCUGCAGACGCAGCCUCAGUACAUGGCAAGACUCUUCAGGCGCGUUCGUGAACAAAGUCUCGCAGAGGGUGACAGCAAGCGCAUCGAGCAGCUGACCAUGAGUAUGUUUGGAUUGGCCCAGAAACGCAGAGAAGAGUACUGGCUGUUGAAGCUCCUCACAAGAUCGCUAAAGGAGGAGAUUGAGGGCUGCGCGAACCUCCAUGAGUACCUUCGUGGCAACUUCUUCUGGACCAAAUUGUUCGCCAACUACGUCCGGUCACCGCGAGACCGAAAGUUCCUCAAAGACGUUCUUGGGACUGUCAUUCGUGAGAACAUCAUUGAGAAUGAGCACCUGGACCUGGAGAGCGACCCGAUGCAGAUCUAUCGUUCCGCCAUCAACAACGAGGAGCUCCGUACCGGCCAAAGUAGUCGUCGUGACCCGAAUGUCUCGCGAGAUGUAGCACUCAAGGACCCCGAGACACGUGGUACUUUCAUUCACAACCUGCAAGAUCUUCGCGAUGUUGCCGACCAGUACUUUACGAUGUUCGAAGAGGUGCUCCAUCGGAUGCCAUAUGGUGUAAGGUACAUCGCACAGCAGAUGUUCGAAGAACUACGCUUGAAGUUCCCCUACGAGGCGCAAGAGCAGCUUCUACAAAUCACCGGCCACUGGGUAUGGAAGGCUUACAUCCAGCCUGCUUUAUUGCAACCUCAGCACUGGGGUGUGGUCGAUCGUGGCCUGUCGCCAGUGAUGAACAGAAACCUUGGAGCUGUUGCCAAGGUCCUCAGUCAGAUCGCUUGCGGGAAGCUGUUUGGUGGAGACGAUCUUUACCUGCAGCCUCUCAACAGCUACAUCACCGAAGCCAUCGACCGCCUACAAGACAUCUGGUCGAACGUGAUCAACGUCCGUGCCGCUGAAGCUCAGUUCGAGAUUGACGAGUUCAACGAUCUGUUCGCAAGAACCAAGCCAACACUCUACAUCAAGCUCGCAGACGUGUUCGCUAUUCACAACCUCGUCAUCGAAGAUCUACCAAGUUUAUGCCCCUCUCAAGACGACCCACUCCGCGAAAUUGUCCGUGAGCUCGGUAGCGCCAAGAACAACGAGAACGAGCUUCUGCACGUCAGCUCCAGCGAAAUCACAUUGACCCUGAACCCCAAGUACCAUGAGCAAGAGGACCCCGACUCUGCAAUCAAAUCCCUCUUCAUGGAGACCAAGCGCUACGUGCUGUACAUCAUCCGCAUCCAAACCGGCGCCAACCUCACCGAGAUCAUGUGCAAGCCGGUUACCCCCGAUGACGAGAACCGCUGGGACGCUCUCGUCCGUGAAGAGAUCAUCGCGCAACGGAAAGAUCGUUCGCGGAAACAGAGCAACGUAGUCCGAUCUUCUGCCGCUUCAACUUACACGCAGGAUAUGGGCUCCAACUCUGUACUUGAUCUUGACUACCCCACACUCAAGCAAUACUGUCUGGAGAACAUGGUACAACUCCAACGCGCAGGCCGCAUCUCGCACACCAACAACUACCAAGACCUACUCAACGCCAUCGCGGUCGACAUCCGCACCAAGCACCGAAGACGUAUACAACGCGCCAAGGAAUUGGAGGGAGUACGCACCACACUGGCCGCACUCGACGAGAAGGCACAUUUCCUAGAGUCGCAACUCAAGUCCUACAACGACUACAUCGAACAAGCCAUGGUAACGCUACAAUCGAAGAAGGGCAAGAAGAAGUUCCUCCUCCCCUUCACCCGCCAAUACAAUCAUCAGCGUGAACUCAAGAACAGCGGUCGCGAGUACCGCUUCGGCUCCUUCAAAUACUCCGCCCGCAACCUGGCCGAGAAGGGCAUCCUCAUCUCCUGGUCUGGAUACCACGAGCGACAAUGGGACCGCAUGGACAUCACCAUCUCCAGCAACCAAACGGGUAUCUUCGAGAUCCAAGGUUCCCAGGGCUCCAUGAUGAUCCCCGGUGCUUUCGCCGAGGUGCCUCUGGACGGCCUCCUUCAAGCGCAAUUCGACAACCACCAAUUUAUGAAUCUCUUCGGCGAAGGUGCUCGGGGUGGCGCGGCUGCCGGCGACGGCGUCGCCAGAGUCAACGUUAAUCUGUUUUUGCAUUUGAUCUUCAAGAAGUUCUAUCGGGAUGAGUAA